UUAUCAUGCAAUGUUUUGAGUGACUGACAAGUUAGCUGGGGUAACAAGCCCAUGUAACACACACGUGUUGAAGAUAUGCUUUUCUAGUAAGACAGCAGCGACUGACAUGCGGGCAACAAACUUAAGAAACCUGAGCAGGAUGUCUGUAUUCAUGAAAGACUUCGAGGCGUCCAUGUUGCAUUAAAAGUAUGAGUGGUCAAAGUUUAUCGUCUUCAGCCAAUGGUGGCAUUACUCCACUCCAACAGAUGGUGGCGUCCUGCUCCGGAGCCCUGCUCACAUCUCUGUUCGUCACUCCUUUGGAUGUUGUGAAGAUCAGACUGCAAGCACAGAAAAGUCCCUUCCCUAAAGGGAAAUGCUUUGUCUACUGUAAUGGACUCAUGGACCACAUAUGUGUGUGUGAAAAUGGAAAUUCCAAGGCCUGGUACAAAGCACCCGGUCACUUCAAUGGCACACUGGAUGCCUUUGUCAAGAUAAUUCGACAAGAAGGCAUAAAGUCAUUAUGGAGCGGUUUACCUCCAACACUUGUGAUGGCAAUCCCAGCCACAGUGAUCUACUUCACGUGCUAUGACCAGCUGUGUGCAGCGCUCAGGCUCCGGAUGGGAGACUACUCUCAGGAGGCUCCUCUUGUAGCUGGAGCCACCGCCAGAGUGGGUUCAGCAACAGUGAUCAGCCCUCUGGAGCUGAUCCGUACAAAGCUGCAGUCUCAGAAACAGUCGUACAGGGAGCUGACUGCCUGCAUCCGCUCGGCCGUAGAGACAGAAGGCUGGCUGUCUCUGUGGCGAGGUCUGGGGCCCACGUUGUACAGAGACGUUCCAUUCUCAGCCAUGUACUGGUACAACUACGAAAAGAGCAAGGGCUGGCUGUGUGAACAGUACAACACCAGAGAGCCAACGCUAACCAUUACCUUCCUCUCUGGAGCGCUGUCUGGCUCUAUUGCUUCCAUCAUAACGUUACCCUUUGAUGUUGUCAAAACAAGAAGGCAGGUGGAGCUUGGGGAGCUACAAGCCAAGAACUUGUCACAUGAGGUGUCCUCCUCCACUUUCAGUGUUAUGAGCAGGAUUGUGGCACAGGAAGGUGUUGGGGGACUGUUUGCAGGUUUCAUCCCCAGGCUGAUCAAAGUGGCUCCAGCCUGCGCCAUCAUGAUCAGCACGUACGAGUUUGGAAAAGCCUUCUUCCGCAAACACAACCAGGAGAGGAUGCUCAUGCCACUGCAGACCAGCAACACCUGAGAGGUGUCACGUGUCUCCACAUCAACCACCACUAUAACUACGACUUAACUACACCUGGGAGGAAAAGGCUCAUGUUGCCAAUUAAGAAAGAAAAUCAGAAAUGGAAGUGAACAAAAUAAUAACUCUCUUGAUCCAAAACUGCAUAAAAAAUAUAUUAUAGGUGACAAAUUUCAAAGAAAAGCUUUUUAUUAUAUUUUGUAAUUUAAUAUUCUAUGGUUUUGUUUUCAACACUAUAGAUCCUGUUAACACAAUUGUAAAGAAUGAUAUUUUAUUCAUCUGUGUUCAAAUCAUACUUAAUGUAUUAAGCAACCAGUAGAUGGCAGCCAUAGUUUGAUAUAUUUUUCUUGCUCUUUGAUAAUGUGCAUUGUGCCUGAAGUCCUCACAUAUGUCAGACAAAAAUCUCAUUUUACUCCUGUGUGUGUCACUCCUGAAGGAGUGUCACCCUUGCAUCAAAAUGGAAUCUGGUUUUGCACUUCCACUCCUAUCCUGUGAUGAGAAGAGAAAAAAAAUGCACAAAAGCUAAUGUGCCAUUACAGUUGGAGUUAAAAAAAAUUUUUUUUUAUCAUUUGAACCUGCUGAUUUACACACGCUGUAUCCACACACCUGUUUAUUGUCAACAAGAAAGUCAAACGUCUUCAUUCAAUUUUCACCGUUUAAAUAAAGUGGAGUUUAUUCAAAACAAAGCAUAUAAAAGCAAAUAAAUCAAAACUA